CCUCGUGGGAGGGCGACGCUUGCGCGGUUUCGAUUUUCGGAUUCGUGGCGCGCGCUCGCUCUCGCUACCCACUCUCCCUCACAGCACAGCCGCGCGCUCCUUCUCCAAUAACGGAAACGGGCACUCACUCGAGGCGCAUGUCGCGCUGGCUCGGGAUGCGGCCCGGCGGCGAGCGGCACACCCCGCUCACGAAAUGACUACAACGACCACAACCCAACCCGAGCCGGCCCCGCCCUGCCUUCUCAGACGACACCAUGACGUCCGACCACGUCGGCCAAGUCGCCACCGUCCAGCGCAAGAGUGUACUCCGCGCGCUUCGCAGUCGUACGUCUAAGCCAAGCUGACUUCCUUGCUACCGAUCCAGAACGUGGUAGAGUUGGGGUUCCGUGCGUCAAAUUUCAUCGCGAGGCGCGCCUGUGUGAGUGCGGGUCCGUGGCGUUUACGGGCCUUAUUCCGUGCCCCGAUGGGGGGAACGCGAGCGUGUCCUCUCUCGACUCGGCGUCGUUGGCGGCGGCACGGGCCAAGCUCGCCGCAUUCGUCGUCUAGCGUGCUGCCGGCGAGUAGCCCGCGAUCAAUACGGCUCGGAGAAGAAAGACGGCCCGUUGUUGAGGGGACGACCGUGCAAAAGUGAGCGGCGGGACGAAGAAGGUGAUUUCGCGAUGCACCUGCACUUCGAACGGAGUUGGUCGUCGCGCACCGACUGCUCGGUGCUGUCUCUCACGUGGAUGGGCAAGGUGCCCGACGAGCUGCCCGAGGAGGACGGCUGGCGACUGAACCGCGUCAACUACUACCAGGACGGCUGGCUGGCGUCCGGCAACGCGCGCGGCAUCGUGGGCGUCACCUUCACCACAUGCCACUGCCGCAAGACGGCCGAGCACCCUCAGCGCACAAACUACAACCUCCGCGGACACCGGUCUGAGGUGACUCUGGUCAAGUGGAAUGAGCCGUACCAGAAGCUUGCGUCGUGCGACAGCAGCGGCGUGAUCUUCGUGUGGAUCAAGUACGAAGGUCGCUGGUCCAUCGAGCUCAUCAACGACCGCAACACCCAGGUGACCGACUUCGCCUGGAGCCACGACGGCCGUAUGGCGCUCAUCUGCUACCGCGACGGGUUCGUGCUCGUCGGCUCGGUGGCCGGACAGCGCUACUGGUCAUCCACGCUGCACCUGGACCGUGCGGCCGUGCUCUGCGGCAUCUGGACGCCCGACGACCACCAGGUGUUGUUCGGCACAUCGAACGGACAGAUCCUGGUGAACGACAUGCACGGCGAGCUGGUGGCUCAGGUGACCCUGAACGAGGACGCCGCCAUCGUUGCCAUGGCGUGGUCCUGCGAGAAGUUCAAGAUGGAAGAGGCAGAUGACGACAACAGCCGAACAGCGGCGGCCUCCAAUGGAGACGCCUCCUCCGUCCCGCCCGCGCAAGCUUCCGAAUCCAAGCUAUCCGUCCUGGCCGUUUGCUUCAGCAACGGAGCCAUUCACGUCAUGAAGAAUUACGACGACAUCUCGCCUACUAUCAUCAACACCGGUCUCAAAGACAUCAAAGUGGAAUGGUCUAACAGUGGUGAAGUACUUGCUGUCGCCGGCGUCGCAUCGGAGUCUACCGACGGGGACUGCCGAAAUCGCAUCCACUUCUACACGGACGCAGGACUGCUUCGUUUUGUGGCCUCCAUACCGUACACACAGAGUCCAGUGACGGCGCUGACGUGGGGCCACAACGACAAGCGGCUAUUCGUGGCCACGGGUAGCGUCAUUCACAUCGGCUGGGUGACGAGGCGCAUGGCCUCGCUGCAACUGCUGUCCCGGUUAACGCUGCACCGGGCACUCAGGGACGAGGCGGCCGUGCACACGCUCCCUCUGCCUCGCAGGAUGCGCGCCCUGGUGGCAAACCUCUUCGGGCAAACCGUCAAGUGCUAUCUGCCGGAGGCGCACCAGCUGCGGGAGUUUGUGUCCCGCCCGCACCACGUGCGCCUGCACUGCACCAUGGUGCGCCACGACACCGAAGACCUGGUGUCGGGCAGCGCCACUUACACCCUGUUCCUCGAGUACCUGGGCGGCCUGGUGCCGCUACUGAAGGGCAAGCGCGCCUCCAAGCUGCGUCCCGAGUUCGUCAUCUUCGACCCCGAGCAGCCGGCUGGGCAGGCCGGCGGUGUCCUCCAGGGGUCGUCCUAUGGCCGCAAUUCACCCGGUGCCGACUUGGGCACAAUGUCUACUACUUUGAGGGAUGCCACAGUUGGCGUUGCUUUGGCGUCCGACAGUGAUGCAGACGAAGGCUGCACCUCCUCUCCAGGCCGCCGCCGAAGGGCCGCGCGCAACGCGGCUGCAGCAGACGCAGCCCUCGCGGGUGACGGCAUCUCGCUGGCGUCGUCCCGCGGCGGUUGCGUCGGCGCAGCGCGCCGCGAGCUCCUCUACACGGACGAGCUCCCGGAGCGCGAGAAGAUCGUGGCCGUGACGUCCAACCUCUGGGGCACCAAGUUCAAGGUGCUGGGCCUGGCCCGCUGGCUGCCGGCCACGCUUGGCACGGUCACGUACCGCACCAGCCUGCUGCACCUGCAGCCGCGCCAGAUGACGCUCCUCAUCAAGGAGCUACAGGGCCCGCAGCCGCCGGCCGCCUCUUCAUCCUCCUCUUCUUACUCCUCACGCUCACUCGUUCUCCACAACGGCACCACCGUGACGGUAGCCGGCUCGCCCGUGGGCACUGCGGCGCAGGCGGGCGCCAGCUUCUCGGAGGACGAAGACGAUGACAUGUGCGACCCAGUGGCGAGUGAGGAGAUCGCGGCGCCGAUCGCCCCGAUGACACCCAAGAAGAAGUGCGGCAUGGGCCGAUCUCCGGGCCUCCCGGAUCCCGAGACCGGCGUGCUGCCCGGCGACGGGGAGCAGUUCGAGACGGGCUGCGCCAAUGGCGGCUGCGGCAACGAGGAGUACCUGAUGCUCGAGACGACGGCCGCGGCUGGCGUGCAGCGGCUCGCGCUGCGCCAGGCUGGCCACAGCCGGUCGCAGGGCACCACCAUGUCGCUGCCCGCCGCCGACGCCCUGCCAGGAACCUCCUCGUCCGCCGGCCAAGACGAAGCCACAUCGCCGUCCAAGAGGCCACAGGCCGAACUCAGGCCCGAGUCCAGGCCUGGGUCCGGCGCUGCCCCCGGGACAGCAGGAGGCGUCCGGCACCUGCUGGACCCGGUGCCCCGCUGGGCGGACAAGGCCGCCGAGCUCAAGUACAUCGACGACGAGCAGCCCGACGAAGGCGUCGUCGGCGACGUGGCCUCGGUGCUGCUGCUCAGUCACCAUCGGAACCGCAGCAGCAUCGGGCCGCCCAACGCCGACUUCUUGGUCGGCGACCCGCGAAGCCGCGCUUGCGAUGCCCGCCGGCUGACGCUAAGAUCGGGCUCGUCCAUGCCGCAGCAGCAGACGCAACAGCAGCAGCACAACACGCACGGAGUUCCGCAGGCGUCUUCCUCCUGCGCCACCUCGAGGAGCUGCGAUGACGCCGCCGAAGUGGCACGAGCGCUCCUGGCCGAAAAGCUGCUGUACAGACACACCGAGGAGCCCGCCUGCGUGUGCGAGGCAUCGCAGAGCUCCUCGCCGGCGACGGCUCGCAAGCAGCGGUUCGCCGAAGAGAACCCCUUCGUGUGCACCACCGGCUCAGCGGACUGCGGCGGCGCCUCGCUGGCCGUCCACGCGGCGGGCAGCUCGCGCGGCGCCGCGCCGGGCAACUCGCCGUCUCCGCAACCGACGCUGUGCAGCGGUGCCUCCGAGGACGAAGGAAACCGGACGACGAGCCGCGAGAGCACGCCAUCGGCAAGCCCGUGCCGGCAACCCCGACGACACCGGGGCUCGCUACCGAUACCCUGCGCAGCCGGGGGUGGUUCGUCAACGCCGGGGCUGGGCGCCCUCGGCGCGGGCGACGAGAGUGGUGGCUCGGCGCCGCCAUCGCCGGCGCUCAGCCGCAGUAUCCCGUCGUCGCCGGUGUCCGGCCGCAAGAGUAGGCAACAACAGCUUCGCACGCUGCUCUACAGCCCGUUGCUUCUGCGCAAAGUGCGCGGAGGCCGCGGGCAGCGCAGUGGAUCCGUUCUCGACAGCUCGGACGAAGAAGGCGGCCAGAGCGGCGAAGAGGUGCUCUCGGACGGCUUCCGCGACCUCGAGAGCAUGCAGAAGGCGCACAUACGAAAGAAGUUAAAGAAGCGCCACGGCAAGGUGCACCAACAGGAGAUGCUGCCGCCCAGCAAGCCACCGCCCAUGUACCGCGAGUUUGUGCUGCACAACAAGGCACCCCUGUGGAACGAAGUGAGCCAGGUCUACCAAUUAGACUUUGGUGGUCGCGUCACGCAGGAGUCAGCCAAGAACUUCCAGAUCGAGUUUAAAGGAAACCAGGUGAUGCAGUUCGGCCGCAUCGACGGCAACGCCUACACCCUCGAUUUCCAGUACCCGUUCAGUGCCCUCCAAGCAUUCUCCGUUGCUCUCGCCAACGUAACGCAGCGACUGAAAUGACACGCUGCGCUCUUCAAGAGGGACCGUUGAACACUCUCACAGUGCUCUCUCCGCAUCUCUUUCUGUCUUUCUCGCUCUCCGCGCGAGUACGAUCUGCGCGCUCCUCUCCGCGUCAUUUGGAGACUUAAGAAGAGAGAGAGAGAGAGAGAAAAAAAUACCGCGCAGAAAGCUCAACUCGGUGCUGGGCGACAUGAUGGUGGAAGGACAACGAAGAAAAGGCCAGAACAGGAGAGCGGCGGCGGCUUGAAAUGGAACCGCUACACUGAAGGUUGAAUGCGAGGAUCCGAGGCAUGGGUUUGCAUUGCCGUGUUCC